UGGCCACAGGCCAAUGUGACGAUUGAGGAGGCCGCAGCUGCUAGCUCUGGACGGAAUACUACAUCUAUCAGUCUGUCGACGAUGGGAGGUACACCAACGUCUCGCGUCACGAGAAAUGCCAUUUACUUGAGCAUGUCUCGAAGCACAUCGAACUCAUAACGCCAAUUUUGUACUUCAACGUCAAGCCAAAGCGGACACAAACAUCUCUUCAGCUUGAGAAGAGGACGAUUGAACCAAAAAUUGCCAAAACGCUAAUCUGUAGACAAAUCUGCCAGAGGCAAGCACGCGAGAGAUUGUAGCGGUGUUGCUCGCCGUCUGGGACCAGCAGAUUAUCCCAACUGUUUGUGGUACGUUGCCAAAAAUCGCGACAUGUUCUUCGGGGAGUUCUCCUUGAGCCAGUUUGGAGGAACACCCGUUAUGAAGAGUAUGGACAGUGGAUUUAUUCAGACCAACCAGACCGGGUCCGGAUACAACGACCAAUCAAAUCUGAACUUUCACUACACGAUGACAUCGGCUGGACCAACGCUGCUUGUUCAGCUCAAUCAAGUUUUAGAUGAUGGCGAGGCUACUUCUGACGCUAGCAUUACCAUUGCUUGCCUCUGCUUCAUUGCCAUAGGUGCCUCGUUCGGCAACCUCCUGGAUGCCCUUGACGGCACAUAUUGCACCUACGAGGAUGGAUAUAAUCCGACCUUUCACUACCCACAGCCAUACUCCUCGUGUUACAGCCUGUGUUUCAUGAUUACUGUUCAUGUGGCAUUAUCCAGCACGAAUUACCUGAUCACUGUGCAAGAUGAGUGGUGGCUCGUCUGCGGCACGUGGUGCUCCUUCCCCCCGUUGCCGCCAUGUUCUCCUCUAUCAACGACGUAUGCCAGUGCGGCACGCCUCGCGAUCAGCAAAGGUCCUAAGCUUCAUCAACCCAGCAAGGCGUUCAACGGUGACAUUACCAGCAGCAACAACCCUGGCUGCCGGAUGAACGCGUUCUCUGCUGAGCCAUGCUGGGAUCCAGUCUUGAGUACUUGUCAGCACACCUAACCUUCCUAAGUUGCUCGAACUUCCUUUGUUUGAUGAUGCUUGAUCACGAAGAAUGAACAAUACUAUUGUGCCGCAUUGGUGUACCUUGAGACGUACUACCAUUGCUCGCGGUUCGCAUCGUCUGUGUCUGUAGCACAACUUUUUGUUUGCAUUUCCUUUGGCCUGUUAUGUUACUCUGCUUGGUGUGUUUCCGCGCUCGAUUCCAAUAAAUGC